AUGACAACGUCGCAAACCUCCUCACUAUGGGCUCUGGCUCUAUCAUCACUCCCCGAAAAAGACCAACGCAUCUUCAAAAUAUCAAGCAACUCAUCCCCAGACACAAAAAAGACUCUAAAUGAUAUCCUCUCGGCACUGGAAAGCCAGCGCGACCGCUGUAUGCGGGAUAAAUGGACCACAAUAAGUAUUGGGGGAAAGGAGCUCAUAAUCCGCGAUUUAUGCGCGAAGAUUACUGCGUAUGUCAAUAAAUUCAUGGAGGUAGUUGAUGUUGCGGUCCAGUAUGACCCUGUUCACGCGGCGUUGCCGUGGGCUGGUGUGCGUUUCUUGCUGAAGUUGACAUUCUCUGGGUUUGAAGCUUUCGGUGCUAUUGUCGAGGGAUUGGAGAAAGCCACAGGAUUGAUAGCCCGAUGUGGAAUUCUUGAGGCCCUAUUUAUUCAGCAUGGUAAGGGGACUACUGAGGGAAGAUUGGCCUUGGAACGGGAAAUGGUGAAGCUGUAUUCCAUUGUCCUGGGAUUUAUUUGCGCUGCUAAAAGGCAUCAUGAUUCAUCACGCAUGAAGCGUACCUUUAACUUGACCUCUCGGGUGUCCAUUCAAGAAUCAGUGAAGCAAAUGGAGGCUGCAGAGAAAACUGUGUUGGCUUUGAAGGGUCUCGUUGACAGCGAAAGGGUGGGAACCAUCCAGGACGGCAUUUCCAUGAUGCUCCUAACGGUGACCUCGACUGCUAAGGACGUCGAAAACAUUCAAGCAAGACUGAGGGCAACACUUAUAGAUCUUGAGCGGCCUCUAGUUAGGAUUGCGGAUCAGAGUGAGAGGAGCGAGCUUCUAACGUGGCUUUCCCCUGUCCGCGCCCAAGAACACUACAGGGGGGCACUGACAUCUGUGCUAUCUGGCUCGGGCAAGUGGCUCUUUGAAGAUCAACGCUUCAUGAACUGGAGGGACUCGAGUAGUUCCGAAACAUUUUGGUUACAUGGCAUACCGGGCUGUGGAAAGACAAAACUUGCGGCGGUCGUAAUUCAACAUCUACGCCAACAGAAUUGUGGUGCAUGUCAACCAGCGCCAAUAGCCCACUUUUUCUGUUCUCAGAACCCUGCAGAGCCGGAACGAACCGACUCACAAGACAUAAUCCGAUCAUUGGUAAAGCAAGUUUCUCUAACUAGAGAAGGAAAUGAUUUUCGCGUUCGAACUCCGCUACUGAAAGCGUAUAAAUCACGACAAGCAGAAACGAGUCACACCGGAGAAAAACCAUCACCGCUGACGGUAGAAGAAUGUACUGAAGUGAUGUGUGAAAUCGGCAGAGAGAUUCCGUUUACAAUUGUUAUUGAUGCACUAGAUGAGUGCAGCUCUCAGCAACGGCGCGUUCUCCUUGAGGCACUAGAGGAGAUUCGACAGCGGUGUCGAGAUGUUGUCAAGAUAUUCGUUUCAAGCCGGCAUGAAGAGGAUAUUGCAGUGUCAUUUAAGAAGGGAGAGAUCUUGGAGGUGACUUGUCAAGCAAAUAAUGAGGAUCUGAAGCAAUUUGUCGAAACUGAGGUCGAAAGAUUCGUGAAGAGAUGGUCUACUAUGCAUGAUGAGUCGACUGCUGUGCUGCAGAAGCUUGGGGAGGAUAUAAAAGAGGCACUUAUGACAGGCGCACAAGGAAUGUUUCUCUGGGUGACCCUCCAACUUGAAAGCAUCAGCGAUAUUGAGCAUGUCAAGGAUAUUGACAGUAUUCGCCGAGUCUUGACCUCGCUGCCUCCGAGUCUCGCCAAAUCAUACGAGGCUAUCUACAGAAGAAUACAUUCUAUGGGAGAGAGCACGAGAAGAGUGGCAAUUCAAAGCUUCCAAUGGCUCUUAUGCGCGAAAAGAAAGCUCUCGGUUUCCGAAUUUGUGGCUGCUAUGGGUAUGCCCUCGAGCCAGUCAUCCCACAUAUCAGCGAGGUCAAUCCGCGAUUACUGCUGCAACUUGGUGGUUAUAGAUAAUGAAGCAGACACAUUGCGUCUCGCUCACUUGACAGUCCGAGAAUUCUUUGAGAAACUGCCCGAGUUCUCUAUCAACGAGUCCAAUGCAACUGUUGUUGACAGGUGCUUAGGAUUAUACUUGGCGGAUGAGCGCAAUUCUGAUCUCUUGAGCUACGCUACUUGGUUCUGGCCUGCUCAUGUAGAGCAACUCAGUGGAUCGCCUCAAAGAGCAGCGAUCAAACCAGCACUUCUCGAGUUUUUCACGAAAGAGGAACACUUUGAAGAUUGGCUAGAUGAUAUUGACGCACUAAACAUUGAGGAGGGUCCUAGUUGGAGUACCUCACUCCACAGAAAGCUCGCUGCAUCAUUCGCCUCGCCACCAUCAGCCUUAUUUGUUAUAUCUUGUUUUGGCCUUGAGGAGGUACUUGAAUCGUCGGGGCUUACUGGUACGAUGGAUGUGAAUCAAAGAAACAAGCAUGAUACUUCCGCACUAUACCUGUGUGCUCGUUGGGGCCACAUCGAGAUAAUCCGGAGACUCCUAGAUCUAGGAGCAGCUGUGGAUGCCCCCGGCUCUCAAUAUGGAAGUGCACUGCAAGCAGCAUCUUUUGCUGGAUAUAAAGAAAUUGUGAAAAUCUUACUCGAAAACGGCGCCUCCUUCUCCCUAACUGAAACUUCCCUAGCCAAAACAGGGGAAUAUUCGAGUCCGCUUCAAGCUGCUCUAGCCAAUGGGCAUGAUGAUGUCGCCAAAUUGUUGAUUGAUAAGAAAUGCAAAUUGGCCACACAGAAACAGUUUGACGAUACCAUAGAUGCUGCAAGCUUCAGGGGCAACAUCGAUAUCGUAGAGCGACUUUUAAGUGGCAAGGCUGGUGUUUUCACGCCAAACAUCCGGCCCGAUCCGCUCCAAGUUGCUCUUGCGAGCGGCAAAGUAAGACAAGCAACGCGACUAAUACAGGAAUAUGGCGUUGCUGGCAUUAAUGAAGAAAAGGGGUACUUUGGGAAUGCUCUCACCGCCGCUAUUUCCAGCCGCAAGCUCUGUCUUGUGCAGCUUGUCGUCGAUGCUGGCGCCAAUCUUGAUGCUCGCGGACGGUUUGGCUCUCCCUUGCGGGCUGCCGUUAUAUCCAAUCAUCUCAAUAUUGUGGGAUAUCUAUUGGAGAAAGGCCUCGACCCCAACACCGAAGACGAGAAGCUGGGUGACCCGCUCCAAGCCGCUGCCUCUGUAGGAAAUGUCGAUAUGAUGCUACUGCUGCUGGACCACGGAGCCUCUGUGAAUGGAUCCGGUGGCCACUUUGGAAACACGCUGCAAGCUGCCUGUUUCAACGGACAUGAGCAAGCUGUUCGACUAUUGAUUGAGCGUGGCGCUGCAUUGCCAGGUGAAUUUCGUAAGGGCCGGUAUCGUGAUGCACUGCAAGCUGCAGUCUAUGCUGGUCAUGAAGAUAUUGUCAAGGUACUCUUUGCAUCUGGUGUAAAGCUUGACUCAGGGCGGCCAACGUCUCUGUAUCUUUGCAGCCUACGUUCUAAGUUUAGGAGGAGGAUUGCGCUGCCGAGCUCAAGGACGGAUACGGGCAGACUAGAUAUUCUGAAAAUGCUGGGGCCGCUUGAGGUUGCCGCUCAAAAAGGUAAUAUCAGUUUGGUUAGGAUUUUACUAGCCAAAGGGGCUGAAAUAGAUGCCAGAGAUGCGUAUUAUCGAGGCAAUGAGUACCAAUGGGGGUGUACGUACACCGCAUUGCAAAUCGCGGCUUUUUGGGGACAUCUACCAGUGGUGGAACUUAUCUUGGGGCAUGGAGCAGACAUCAAUGCUGUGCGAAAAGCUCUCGGGACUCCCUUACAAGCGGCUUUAGAGGGAGGUCAUUUCGAUAUCGCAGAGGUGUUGCUGUCCCGGGGCGCAAAGAUCGAUCGACAUUGGGGAAUGCUCGGGUCGUGUCUCCAAGUUUAUUCCAAACGAGGGCACCUUGACGUUGUUCAGUUUCUGUUGGAUCGAGGAGCAAAAAUCGAAGAUUCGGGUGGCAAAAAUGGCAAUGCACUCCAGGUUGCCUGUGAUGCAGGGCAUAUUGACAUUGUUCGGUUCUUGCUUGGCAAGCGUGCAGAUGUGAAAGCACCCGGAAAGCAUCUGGGAAAUGCACUGCAAGCAGCCUCUGCAAGAGGACAUAUCGAAAUAGUCAAACUGCUUCUCCAUCAAGGUAUAGGAGUGGACGAUGCUGCCAAUAAUACUGAAACAGCGCUCUGCCUCGCUGCAAAGAAUGGGCAAGAGCAGAUGGUGAGUUUUCUGCUGCAACAAGGAGCCAACAUCGACGGCAAUUUGGCUCUUGUUGAGUAUGAUACGAGUGAAGAAUCAGAACAGACGAGUGAAAUUCCCAGCAUACAAAAGUUUGUUGCAAUUCUGACGAGUGAAAUUCCCUGCGUACAAAAGAUUGUUGCAAUUCCUCUUCAUCUCGCCGCCAUUGGUGGACACGAAUCUACCGUCUCUAUCCUCCUAAAAAACGGGGCAAAUGCCCAUCUGCAAGACAAAUUACGCAAUCAGGAAAUGGAUCAUUCGAGGACGCUUUUAUCAGCAUGCUUUCGCGGACAUGCUUCCAUUGCCAAACGGCUAUUUCAACACGACCCGUGGAGCUAUGCAUCUCAUGACACGUUUACACCCGCACUUGAGGCAAGUCUGACUGGAAAUAAAAAAGAUAUUUCAGCAAUGCUGGUUCAAGAAGCAAUUUAUGCGGGAUUCAAAGCCGAACACUUUGGUGGCGCAUUCAGAUACGCCUGUGCAGAGGGAUACACAGAGUUUUUGAAGCAAAUUUUGCAACAUUUCGAUCUUCAAAAUUGGCCUACCGCUCUUUUGAUAGCUGUAAAACGAGGCAGAGGCACCGUUGUUGAAGUUUUGCUGCAAAAUGGAGCCGGUGUGGACAUUCGCGACGAGAAUGGCAAUCUGGCAUUGGACCUAGCCAUAGAACGAAUCAAGGAAAGCAGAAGACCCGACUCGCCCUCUAGCUCACGAAACUGGAUCGAAGUCCUUGCGAUCUUGCUCUGUGCAGGGGCUCAUACAAAGGAUCAAUCUCGCAAAAUUAAGGAGGUCUUCCCGGAUAUUGCAAACAGCGCCAGAGUUGAUCAUUUGAGAAUGUUAGAUCACUGCGGGUACAAUAUAUUCGGUAAUGUCACACUUUAUUCAGAUGCUUUGAUCGAAGCCUCGGCCGACGGUGACAUUGAAAAGAUCUAUUACAUGGGUACAAAGCAUGUCCCUUCGAGUAGGGAUAUCAAAGCUGCUGUUCUUACUGCAAUAAAACAUCAAGGAACUCGGACAAAUCGGAUAUCAACGAUCGAGGCACUCAUGAGCCUCAGAACACCACUGCUGUUUGAUGAAAAUCAGGAUGCCGAGCCAUUGUUACUUGCUUGUAAGGAGAAGUAUUCCAACAUUGUUGCCAUUCUACUCCAGCACGCUAGGCACGGCAGAAAUGUCGUCGAAACAGCCUUGGAAGAAGCUAUUUGCCGCGAUAGCGUUAGUUGCGCACGCGCAAUUCUUGAGUUACAGGGCUGGGAACCGGCUGAACGACUUGAACUUUGUUCUCGCUUUAUUCCAAAAUGCCUCCCUGGUGAUUCUAAGGAUAUGCUUACGUAUCUGUUUGACCAAGGGGUAUCCCCGAACACAAGGGAUCCUAAAACUGGCGCAACUCUAUUAUACACCGCCGCUACCGAGGAUGAUAACCUCAGAGUCAAGACUCUUGUGGCUCAUGGCGCAGAUGUCAACCUCGAAGGAGGCCAGUAUGGGACAGCGCUACAUGGAGCAGCGGUUGCUGGGUAUUGGUUCAUGAUGGGGUUGCUGCUUUCAUCUGGGGCAAACGUUAAUGCACAGAAUAGGCAUAUUGGUACGCCGCUAAUGGCAGUGAUGGUGCAGACUUGGAAUGGAGAUUGCUUAAGGGCGAAGGGCAAUAAGUUUUGCUCAUUGAAAUGCCAUCGGUGCUGUGCAAGGGUGUUGCUCGAUUGGGAUGCGGAUGUCGAUGCCAAAGGUGGAGAGUUUGGUACAGCGCUACAGGCUGCAGAGAGGGUUGGGAACAAGCCUGGAAUAGAGAUGCUCCUACACGAGGAGUGUAUAAUAAUUUGA